AUGUUGAAUGACACUAGCAGUCAAGAGUCUCAACAAUUUACGAUACUGAACAUGAUUGGAAACCUGUCACCGGGAAAGUUUAAGAAAUUGGUGUCAGUAUUAAACCAACGUACGUGCAGUGAAUCCCUGGGGGACUGCUCUGUGUCUCCAUCAUCAAUGAAGCUUGUUAGCUAUGAAGGAUCUCCUAUUAAAGUGAUAGGAGAAAUCCAUAUUCCAGUCCAGUGUGGAAAGCACAAACUAGGUGGAUUUCCUUUCUACGUGACAUCCUCUGGAGCUAACAUUAUGGGAGUGGAUCUUUUUUAUGCAUUGGGGUUUCAAAUAGUUCAAGACGAUCUGACUCAAAGAAAAGAGCCUAUCCUGCAAGUGGUAUCAAAAUGGCAGAGUGAAUGGCCUAGCCUUUUUACGGGCUUAGGAUGUGUCAAGGAAUUUGCUCAUCAGCCCAUGAUCAACCCAGACGUUAAACCAGUGGUGCAAUCUUUACGCCGAAUUCCUCUGGCGUUGCGUGACGAGGUUUUGCUAGAGUUGAAGCGAUUGGAAUCAGAGGGUAUCAUUGAGAAAGUGGAGUCGUCUCCCUCGGUGUCAAAUUUAGUAGUCGUAAGAAAGAAAUGUGGAGGGAUUCACUUAUGUGUCGAUCUUCGUCAAGCAAAUAAAGCUGUUGUUCCACAGAAAUAUGCAUUAUCUACUGUUGAAGAGAUAGCUGCGGAGUUCUAUGGUUCGGCCAUCUUUACUAAAUUGGACUUGAAGCAAGAAUAUCUACAGGUGCCUUUGAUGAAAGACAGUCGCAAUCUUACAGCUUUUGUGAGUCAUGAUGGAGUAUAUCGGUUUCGUCGAAUGCCAUUUGGUUUGUCAUCCGUACCAAGUGCUUUUCAACAGAUGAUGGCAACCAUCAUGUCUGGAAUCAAGGGAGCAUCGGUAUUUAUGGAUGAUAUUGUUGUCCAUGGUCCUACACAAGAGUCUCACGAUCAUCGACUAAAGCAGGUGUUACAGAAACUGACCGACCACAAGUUGACCUUGAAUGAAGACAAGUGCAUGUUUUCUAAGCGACAAGUGGAGUUUCUGGGGUAUGUCAUCUCGGCACAUGGAAUAAUGACACAACGAUCAAACGUGAAAGCCAUAUAG